ACGAGUCGUGUCUUUCCAGAAUGCGCCUUCCUCUGUUCUUCAACCUAUGCGGUUGGGCCAUCUCUCCCGACAUGACACAGCGGCGGUGUCUCCGGCGGCUUGGAGAAGAUAAUGUGGGAGGAGGAGGAGGGGGGGGCCGGCGAUCGGCGCGCUGGGCGCGGCAGGGGAGGAGACCAAGGCGGAAUUGGUUGCGAGGAAACCGAGGAGGAGGAAGAGAUUAGGAUUAAUUAAGGUUAAUGCGGCUGCACGAAAACAAGAUCAAUCUCCGUCUCUCUCAAUCACGGUAGCUAGGUCAGUUUGCCCUAAGACAAUUUCCCCGUCGCGAGUCGCCGACUUCAUCGGAGUAGGGGCGCGGCGGCCAUGGCGAAAAGGGCGAGACUACUCAGCGCCGCGGCCGGUCCCGUCCUCCCCGACGAGCUCGUGUGGGAGAUCUUGGCCCGCCUCCCGGCGAGGGGGCUCCUCCGCUGCCACGCCGUGUGCCGCGACUGGCGCCGCCUGGCCACCUCCGCCGACUUCCUCCUCGCCCACCACCGCCACCAGCCGCCGCGCCCGCUCGUCUUCGGCUGCGCGAGGUGGAGGAGCGGCGCCGCCGCCGACGCCGACGCCGCCGUGGAUUCCGUCGACCUCAUCCGGCACCCCGCCGAGCGCCGCCGCGUCCUCGGCUUCAGCGACUACCGCCAACACCAGAGCUUCAAGAUCCACUCCUCCUGCGACGGGCUCCUCCUCUUCGUCUCCGGCCGCGCCUUCUACAUCUGCAACCCGGCCACGCGCCAGGUGACGCCAGUCCCAGCCCUCACCGGCGGCGGCAGCCAGGUCACCCUGUACCCGCACCCAUCUUCCGGCGACGGCGAGUACCGCGUCCUCAAAUGGAAGUAUCCCGAUGCCGUCUGCAUCCUCGCGGUCGGCUCGUCGGAGAAGCCGCGGCGCAUUGGAUUACCUGAGGCAUUUCUCCCACCCGUGUUCUGGAUUGAUGAGAUCGGCUUUCUCCCACCCGUGUUGCUCCAUGGCUGCCUGCACUGGCACCUCCGUAAACCGGAAGACGCAAUACUCGUUUUCGACACGGUGGCUGAGUCCUUCAGGUGGAUGGUUUCUCCAAAUGUUGAUGGUUAUGGUGCACAUUUGGUUGAGAUUGAUGGUGGUAUGCUUGGCAUUGGCAUUGUGACUCAAGGUAUGGCCAAACUCUGGGUUCUUCAGGACUAUGAGACGGAGGUCUGGUCGUUGAGGUACCACGUUAAAUUGCCCGUGGCGAGAAUGAGGAGCAUUGCAAGGGAAGGUUUCUUUUCAUGGAAAAUCGUAUGUCAUCGUGGGGAAAUUCUGGUCUACAUUCAGAGCUCUGUGUUCUUGUUUCUGUGUGACACCAAGGGGAAUUUGCGGGAGAAAAUCCAUUUGGAUAACAUGCUUCCAUGUGCUAUGAGGCAUUGUUUGAAAGAAAGCCUUGUCAACCAUGCGUUCUUCGGGAGGCAUGGUGGUGCUCAUGUGGGACAGCCACAGUUUUUCUGUGGUCUGUAGCAUACGCUGGUGCUGCUCCGUCAUUGUUUUGCUUACCCCUGCAAAGUGUAGAAGGGGACAAGGACUUGAGGAGUUUGAGUAGGGGGUUAUAUUUUGCAGAUAUUUGGCAAUGGUAAUUUUUAAUCGGACCAAAGAAUGAUUGUCUUAUGUGGUGACUGGAGCUGUAGAUCUUCUGGGUGUAAUGGUGUGCCGCAUCUUAGCCUGAUUGGUCUAAAUUUUCUGAUUCUACAAUGAAUUUAUCUUCUAGUAAUUAACUCGAAUGUAUAUCCUGCUGCCUUAGUUCCUGCCUUGAAAACUAGUUGAUUGGAUGUAGACAUAUAGUUUCCAUGGUUUAAUAGAGGGAACCAUGGGUUAUCCUUUUGAAUUUGAAAUAUAUAAGAAGCUUGAGCAUAAUGUUGACAUGCUGUUAAGUUGUCGAUUGAUUCUAUGUUCAAAUAAUUUUCAUUCA